AUGCUGAGUGAAUCGCUUCAUACCACUCAACUCGAUGGCAUACUACCACUAGUUGCUAGAGGAAAAGUGAGAGAUAUCUACCAAGUUGACGAUGAAACCCUUUUGUUCAUUGCGACUGAUAGAAUAUCAGCUUACGAUGUCAUCAUGGAAAACGGCAUCCCUUCAAAGGGAAAAAUUUUGACCAAGUUAUCUGAAUUUUGGUUUAAACUCUUGUCUGACAAGAUUCCUAAUCACUUGGUUUUACCUGAUGCUGAUGACGCUCAGCUAUUUGCAAGGCUUCCAAAAGAGCUCCAGGAAUCUAAGUACAAGAAACAGAUAUCUGGAAGAUCUAUGCUCGUAAAAAAGUUAAAACUUAUUCCAUUAGAAGUUAUCGUAAGAGGAUACAUUACUGGAUCUGCGUGGAAGGAAUAUUCGAAAUCGAAAACUGUCCAUGGUUUGCCGGUUGAAGAGGGUUUGAAAGAGUCUCAGGAAUUUAGCGAACCUAUUUUCACACCAUCUACGAAGGCUGAGCAAGGCGAACAUGAUGAAAACAUUUCUCCAAGCAAGGCCGCUGAGAUUGUUGGCUCCGAUUUGUGUGAGAAAGUUGCCUCAGCUGCUAUCGAUUUAUAUUCAACUGCAAAAGAGUAUGCAAAAUCGAAAGGCAUCAUUAUUGCUGACACCAAAUUUGAAUUUGGUUUAGAUAAAGAUAAUAACUUGGUAUUGGUCGACGAAGUUUUAACGCCAGACUCUUCUAGAUUUUGGAGAGCAUCUGCCUAUGAAAUCGGAAAAUCUCAAGAUUCUUAUGAUAAGCAGUUUUUAAGGGAUUGGUUAACUUCAAAAGGACUUGCGGGAAAGGAUGGAGUCUCCAUGGAUAAAGAUAUCAUGAUCAAGUCGAAGGAAAAAUAUAUCGAGGCUUAUGAAGCAUUGACUGGAAAGAAAUGGACUGAAUGA